AUGGCAAUGCGUGUCAUGAGAUUGCUGCGCGCCGCCACCUUCGUCAUGAUUGCAAUGGCCUCCUGGGGAACGCACGGCAGUGCCAGCGACGAGGCCAGUUCUCUGCUCGCUUUCAAGGCUGAGCUCGCUGGCAGCAGCAGCUCCGGUGUGCUGGCCUCCUGGAACGCCAGCACCGGCGUCUGCAGAUGGGAAGGCGUGGCGUGCAGCGGCGGCGGCCAGGUGGUGUCGCUGAGCCUGCCCUCCUACGGGCUCGCCGGCGCGCUCUCCCCGGCCAUCGGGAACCUCACGUUCCUGCGGACGCUGAACCUGAGCUCCAACUGGUUCCAGGGGGAGAUCCCGGAGAGCAUUGGCCGCCUAGCGCGUCUGCAGGCGCUGGACCUGAGCUACAAUGCGUUCUCCGGCACGCUGCCCGCCAACCUCAGCUCCUGCGUCAGCUUACUGCUGUUGAGCCUCAGCAGCAACCAAAUCCAUGGGCGCAUCCCUGUCGAGCUCGGCAACAAGCUCACGCAUCUUCGGGGGCUCUUAUUGGCCAACAACAGCCUGACGGGCGCCAUCCCAGGAUCACUAGGUAACCUUUCAUCCCUGGACUACCUUGAUCUGACAGACAACCAACUCGAGGGUCCGGUAACACAUGAGCUUGGCAGCAUUGGAGGCCUCCAGACCAUUUUCCUCUUUGGGAACAGCCUAUCGGGUGUGCUUCCACAGUCCCUGUACAAUCUGUCAUCGCUGAAGAACUUCGGGGUAGAAUUCAACAUGCUGUCUGGAACUAUCCCUGCUGAUAUUGGCGACAGGUUCCCUGGCAUAGAAACCCUUAGCUUCUCUUACAACCGGUUCAGUGGAGCUAUCCCACCUUCGGUCUCCAACCUCUCUGCUCUCAUAGAACUUGGCCUCGCAGGAAAUGGAUUUAUUGGACAUGUGCCUCCUGCUCUGGGGAAGUUGCAAGGUCUCACUGUCCUGGACUUGGGUGACAACAGGCUACAAGCCAACGACAGUCAAGGGUGGGAGUUCAUCACUUCCCUGACGAACUGCAGCCAGCUUCAGAAUCUGAUUCUUGGCAACAACUCUUUCAGUGGUGAAGUGCCCGGUUCAAUCGCCAACCUAUCGAUGACUCUCGAAACUCUUUAUCUGGGAGACAAUAGGAUUUCUGGAGCUAUUCCAUCGGACAUCGGCAAUUUGGUUGGUCUGAAAUUACUUGAGAUGGCAAAUAACUCCAUAUUUGGAGCGAUCCCGGAGAGCAUUGCUUGUCAGGCCUCAAUACCUCCAUCACUAGGAAAUCUUACACAGCUGAACAGGCUUUAUGCAUACUAUGGCAAUCUAGAGGGGCCCAUUCCAAGGAGCCUGGGAAACUUGAAGAAUGUAUUUGUCUUUGAUCUGUCAACAAGUCUACUCAAUGGUUCAGUUCCCAAAGAGGUGCUAAAACUUCCUCAGCUUUCUUGGUACUUAGACUUAUCAUACAAUGCAUUGUCUGGGCCACUCCCAGUUGAAGUUGGUAGCUUGGCAAACCUUAACCAACUGAUUCUAUCAGGAAACCAGUUGUCAAGCAGCAUACCUGACAGUAUUGGAAAUUGCAUUUCACUGGAACGGCUGCUGCUGGAUCAGAACUCAUUUGAGGGAAUCAUACCUCAAUCUCUGAAGAACUUAAAAGGUCUCGCCUUACUGAACCUGACCAUGAAUAAGCUGUCUGGUAGUAUUCCUGAUGCCCUUGCUAGUAUUGGCAACCUGCAACAGUUGUAUUUAGCACACAACAACUUUUCAGGUUUGAUUCCAGCAGUUCUACAGAACCUGACACUAUUGUCGAAAUUGGAUUUGUCCUUCAAUGAUCUCCAAGGUGAAGUGCCAAAAGGGGGUGUUUUUGCAAAUGCAACGUCCUUGUCGAUUCACGGAAAUGAUGAGCUUUGUGGCGGAGCGCCUCAACUACAUUUAGCUCCAUGCUCCAUGGCUGCUGUGGAUAACAAAAGACAAGUGUCAAGAUCCCUUAUGGCCACCCUAAUAUCAAUUGGCGCACUUGUAUUCUUAGGUAUACUAGUUGCUCUUAUUCAUUUGAUCCACAAGAGGUUCAGACAAAGAAAGGCAAGCCAACUCGUUUCCACACUAAUUGAUGAACAGUACGAAAGGGUUUCUUAUCAAGCAUUGUCAAAUGGAACUGGUGGUUUCUCAGAGGCUAAUUUGCUCGGACUAGGAAGCUAUGGUGCUGUUUAUAAAUGCACUUUACAUGAUCAGUCUGGGUCCACUAGAAGUUUCGUGGCUGAGUGCGAGGCACUGCGAAGGGUACGUCACCGUUGUCUCAUAAAGAUCAUCACCUGUUGUUCAAGCAUCAAUCAUCAAGGUGAAGAAUUCAAGGCACUGGUUUUUGAGUUCAUGCCGAACGGUAGUCUAAAUGAUUGGCUGCAUCCAGUAUCUAAAGUACACACUCUGAGUAAUACGCUCAGCCUAGCUCAGAGACUAGACAUUGCUGUAGACAUCAUGGAUGCUCUAGAAUAUCUUCACAAUCAGUGUCAGCCACCGGUAGUCCAUAGCGACCUCAAGCCAAGUAACAUCCUCCUUGCAGAGGAUAUGAGUGCCCGGGUUGUAGAUUUCGGCAUAUCGAAAAUCCUUUCUGAUGGCACUAAGUAUGGCGAGGGUCGAUCUGUCUCAACUCUUGGGGAUGUCUACAGCCUUGGCAUACUGUUGCUUGAGAUGUUCACCGGGAGGAGCCCUACUAACGACAUGUUCAAAGACUCGUUGGACCUUCAUAGGUUUGCCGAAGCCGCUCUUCCCAAAGGAGCCUCGGAGAUAGCCGAUCCAGUAAUCUGGCUGCAUGAAGAAGCUAAGGCAAAAGAUACUGCUGAUGCUGCCAAAAUUAGAAGCCCGAGCGAGGAGUGCUUGGUUUCAGUGAUCCGGCUCGGCGUCUCCUGCUCAAAGCAGCAGCCAAGAGAGCGAAUGGCGAUGCGGGAUGCUGCUGUGGAGAUGCGUGCGAUCAGAGACGCGUACCUCAUGGUUGCCAGCUAG